AUGAAAAGGCUUAAUAGUUUGUGGAGAAAAUUAACUGCCAGUAAAGCUUUAGACCGAUGUGGACCAAUUGAAAGAAAAUUCCUAGAAAGGGUCUACCGACAUGCUUAUAUUAUGGACGAUGUGGAGUAUAACUUGAUGAUAGAGAUCCGUGUGCCUGUGGAAUACAACAAAACCCUGCGUUACAUAAUCACCUACAUCGUCAUAGGGAUCAUGUUCAACAUCGCCUCGUACCACGUUAUCAUGUCGGAGGUGAUCAUGCAAGCUUACCUGCUGCCCUUAAUCUGUCAAUACGCCGUACUAGCUAAUUGUUUCGAGAAUGUCUUCAAUGAUUGCGCUGAAAGUUUCAAAGAUGUCGACAGAAAGAUGUUGAUUGAUAACAAAUUAUUUAUUGAUAAAUACAAGAAGAGAUUAGGUGACUUGGUGGGCCAACAUUUGAUGAUAUUGGAACAAACUAUGGAACUGAAGAGAAUACUAAGCGCUCCAAUGUUAGGACAAUUGUGUGCAAGCGGAAUGCUUAUCUGUUUUAUCGGAUUUCAAACUAAAGCGACAAUGACGCAAAAUCCUGGCAAGUUCAUAAUGUCGGUUGGAUAUUUAGCAUACAACAUGUUUACAUUGUAUCUGAAUUGUCGAUGGUGUGAAGAAAUUACUUCGCAGAGCCAAGGUAUUGGUAAGGCAGCGUACUGCUCCGGGUGGGAGGCAGGCGUAUGUAAGUCUCCUGGAGUCAAAGCAACCAUAUUGACAGUGAUUCUUAGAGCCAACAAACCUAUGAUAUUUGUCGCCGGGGGAAUGUACACGCUUUCAUUAUCGUCCUAUACCAAUUUGGUGAAAGCAUCGUACAGCGCAUUAAAUAUUCUUCUUCGAAUGAGUAAUGACUAA